AUGAUGACUAUGAGUUCAAUGUCGGACAGUCUGGUCGCCCCCGAUCCUUCCAAAUCGGCGUUUCUGGAGUUCAGCGGACACGGCUACCCGGGCCACCCCGGCCACCAGCAGCCCUCCCCCGGUUUGUCCCACGGCCACUACCCGGUGCACGGCUUGCACGCCAUCGGCCCCUCGCAGCACGACAGCCCCUUCUCCGCCGGCACCCCGUCGUACGGACGCCCGCUGGGGUACCCCUACCACGGCCCCGUGAACGCGCACCACCCCGGCGCGUAUCUGCCCUACCAGCAGGGCGGCCACGGCGGAGCGCUCGGACACAGCAGAUUAGACAAUGCGGACCAGGAGAAGCCCACGGCGGUAAUAGAGAACGGGGAGGUUCGGCUCAACGGGAAGGGGAAGAAGAUCCGGAAGCCGCGGACCAUUUACUCCAGUCUGCAGCUGCAGGCCCUGAACCAGCGCUUCCAGCAAACCCAGUACCUCGCUCUGCCCGAGAGAGCCGAUCUGGCGGCCAAACUGGGACUGACGCAGACGCAGGUGAAGAUCUGGUUCCAAAACAAGCGGUCCAAAUACAAGAAGAUCAUGAAGAACGGGCCGUGCGGACCGGACGGGGACCAUCUCCAUCCGCCAUCCUCGGCCUCGCCCUGCUCCCCCGGCAUGCCUCCGCUGUGGGACGUCUCCAUGGUCAAUAAAAACCCGCCGGGACACUCCGCGGGGUACAUGAACAAUUUCGGACACUGGUACCCGGGACACCCCCAAGACUCAAUGCCCAGGACUCAGAUGAUGUGA